AUGAUCACGCCGGCCGGCAGCGUACCGAUCAAGUACCACGGCGGGCCGGUGGUUGUGGGCACGCCGGCGGUGAGCGUGUACCUCAUCUACUACGGCAGCUGGGGGACGGCAUCAGGGCGAGACGUGAUCGAGUCGUUCGUGGCGGCGCUGAGCAGCGACUCGGGCAGCCAGGGCAGCGGCGCGGACGCGACUGUGAAGGCGUGUAAUCACACUCGCUGUCUCACCCCUCCUUUCCGUCUUUCCCUGCCCGUGCCUCCCCCUCCCCCCUUGCUUCCCCCCCACGCAGUUGUGGCGGGCAAGGUGGGGGCGGGCAAGGCGUUGCCGCUGGACCCGCAGGGCAUCUACGUGGUGCUCACCAGCGCUGACGCCACUCUGGGGGGCUUCUGCUCCGAGUACUGCAGGUGGCACACGCAGGACUCGGAGAACUCUCUCACCUCCCCUCUGCGCUACGCCUUUGUGGGCCACCACGGGCAGUGCCCCGACGCGUGCGGGGUAAAGAGCACGUCACCCAACGGCAAGACGGCCAUCGACGCUACUAUCUCCACGCUCGCGCAUGAGCUGACUGAAGCUGCCACCGACCCGGACACGACCGCGGGGUGGUUUGACGACAACGACGAGGAGAAUGCGGACAAGUGUGCGUGGGACUAUGGCAGCACCAAGACUGGGUCGCUGCAGAACGGGCAGAGCUACGAGUACAACGUGGUGGGGCUGAACGGCAUGAAGUUCCUCGUGCAGCUCAACUGGGACCGCGUCAACAGCAAGUGCGUCAUGCAAAACGCCCUGCCUGCUGAUGGCAGCGGUGGCGGGGGCUUUCCCUCCCCUCCUCCCCCACCACCUCCCCCCACUGGAGGCAGUGUGAAGAUGAGGCAGACCAUCUGCAAGGGGUAUCCAUCCCUUGCCAGCGCACCUUCAGCCGCAAGUCGCGGCGUGCACUUCUGCACGUCCAUGGCCCCUGCCCCCGCGCCAGCCGCUAAAACCCUCACCCCCCCGCUCACCGUCCUAAAGCGCACUCUCUCCAUGGACGCCGGACUCGCCAGCGGCGCCGCAAAGCCCGCCGUACAGUCCGGCCACGCGAAAAAGCCACGGGUGAGGACGAUCGUGCGAGCAACAGGGGCGGGGCCUGCAGGGAUGGGGACACCCGUUGCCGCCGCCGCCGCCGCCGGUAUCGCCGGCGCUGGUACCGCCAGUGCUGCGGCUGCUGGGGUUGCCGUGCAGACGAGGCAAGAGGCGAUCAAAUCCGUCAUCACUGACGUCAGGUUCGACUCGUUCCCGCUGUCAGCGCAGAUGCUGGCAGCAGUGCAGCAGGGUUUUGGGUUCCAGCUCUGCACCAAGGUGCAGGCGGAAACCAUGCUGCCUGUCCUCAACGGCAUGGAUCUUUUGGCCAAGGCCAAGACAGGCAGCGGAAAGACCAUCGCCUUUCUCGUGCCCACAAUCGAUAGGCUCCUGCGCGGGCCCCCCUCCCCGCGCCUCCCCCAGGGCGGAACAGCAGUGCGUGUGCUGGUGCUGGUGCCUGCGCGCGAGCUGGCGGCGCAGGUGGAGGCGGAGGCGCAGCAGCUGCUGCGCGGGCAGGGGGGCGUGGGCGUGCAGGUGGUGUUUGGUGGAACGAACAUGGGGAAGGAGAUCCGCAGGAUGGAGAAUUCCCCUUGCCAGGUGCUGAUAGCGACGCCAGGGCGGCUGUUGGACCAUCUGAAGAACACGCCCGGCAUGCAAGCGCGCAUUCAAGACCUGCAGGUGUUAGUGCUGGACGAGGCAGACCGCAUGUUGGACAUGGGCUUUGCAAAAGACCUGCAGGCCAUCAUGGCUUACUUGCCCGCCGCCCGCCAGACGCUGCUCUUCUCCGCCACCAUGCCCUCCCAGGUGCAAGAGAUGUCGAAGCAGGUGCUGCGGCGGGACUUCAAGCACGUGGACGUGGUGGGAGAGGAGGAUGCUGAUACCAACAUCCAGGUGCGCCAGGAGCACCUGGUGGUGCCUUUGGAGGAGCAGCUCACAGCCAUGUACACGCUGCUGCUGCAGCACUGCCAGGAGCAGCCUGACUACAAGGUGCUGGUGUUCUCAGUGACAGCAAAGAUGACAGCAUUCUACGCAGCGCUCUUUGCAUCGCUCCUCCCCGGCGCCACAGUCCUCGAGAUCCACUCGCGCAAGUCGCAGGCGCACCGCACGCGCGUGUCGGGGGAGUUCCGCGCCGCCAAGGGAAAGGUCGUGAUGUUCACCAGUGACGUGUCUGCUCGCGGGGUCGACUACCCGGAUGUCUCCUUGGUGCUGCAGGUGGGUCUGCCCGCGGACCGAGCACAGUACAUCCAUCGCCUGGGGCGCACGGGCAGGGCGGGCAAGGAGGGGGGGGGCGUGCUGCUGCUGUCACCGUGGGAGAGGCCCUUCCUGCCCAAGCUAGCAGGGCUGCCCAUCACACCGCACACGCCGCUGGACCGCCUGAGUGUAGAGAAUGAGCACAAGCUGAGCCAAGCCCUCUCCAGAGUGGAGACCCAAGUCAAGGAGCAGGCAUACGUGGCCUUCCUAGGCUACUACAACUCAAACCUCCGGCUGCUCAAGUGGACGCCCCAGGUGCUGGUGGCUACUGGGAACGAGUUUGCAGAACUCAUGGGGUGCCCUGAGCAACCGGCUAUUGAACCCAGGCUGCUGGGCAAGAUGGGGCUGAGGAAGGUGGCGGGCAUUCGAGAGGCGGGUCGAGAUGAGAUUAAAGGAUACCAGCAACCGCACCAGAAGCAGGAGACGGUGAAGGGUCGAGGGGGGAGGAGGUGGCGGCGGCCAAAUAUCGCGCUUCAGGGCGCAACACUCCGCGCAAGUGCCGGGCGAGUGCGCGCGGGAGCUGAAUCCUCCGCCGCAGAAGGCCACCGUGCCAGCGCCGGUCGCAAACAGUGUCAGUGGCGGGGAGGCGGCGGCGCAGCGGCAAGCGCGGAGAAUGAUGGCGACGACGCUGAUGUCGCUGAUAGUGGUAACCACACUCGUGGCGGGUUGCUGCUGGCGCAGAUUGCUGCCGCGGCGCGAAUGAAGCGAGCUGCGCAGGAGGCGGCGGCAGCGCGGCGCGUGGCAGGUGAGCAACGCGGGACAGCGGAUGGGGAGGGCAAAGGGGCGAGGGGGAGCGCUGCAGGCAUGGCGGGGCGGAGGCGGGGCGGUGACAAGGCUGGGAAGACGCGGAGAGGUGACGGGGCAGGUGAUGGUGGAGAGCGGUGGGAUGCGGUGAACGUGCAGAAGAGGAUUCUUGUGAAGGAGGUGCAGGGAGAGGGCUGUGAUGAGGGCCAGGCACAACAGCGCACAGCAGCACAGUCGAGAGCAGCAGCAGGGGGGGUGAGCACGGAUGGAACGGACGAGCAAUCAAACAAGACGCAGGCAGAGGAAGCAGCAGUGUUCCCCACAGUGGCACUGCUGAUGCUGGUGCCUCUGCUGGGGACAGGGGAAGACGUGGCACGCGCCAUGUGCGUCAACAGGGAGUGGCGCCAUGUGCUUACACAUGCCGUCCGCUCCUUCUCCCUCCUCUUCGACCCCCACUCCCUCUCCUGGCGCUGCUCCUUCCGCCACCCCUCCGCCCUCCCCUCCGCCCGCCUCUGCAAUCCCGCAACCGUCCAGCUCCCCCUGCUGGACCCCGCGCCCCUCCCCCCGCCCUCCCUCCGCCUGUGCGCCAGCCAGGGGUGUGGCAGCUGCACCAGUGGCAGCACUGUGUGGUGUACAAGGGGAGGGGAGCGAGGGGGGUGGGGGGAACGGGCGGAAGGAGGAGGCAAUGCGAGCAGCAGCAGCAGCAGCGAGUGUGGGAGCGGAUGGGGGAAGGUGCUGACCUCGGUGAUACAGCAGAGCGACAUGCCCUUCCCAUGCACGUCGCUACUGACACCAGGCAACUCUGUGACGAGCUGGAAGCACGCUCUCUCACGCUACCCCAACCUCACCUCGCUGCACCUACCGCUGCUCUCCUCCCCCCCCCUGUCCACCUUGACCCACGGCCACUAUGACAGCCGCUACCCCCUCCCCUGGGACGUGCUCGUGUCGCCGGCUCACCUGAGCAGCCUGCUGUGCAGCCUGGGGCAGCUGCAGUGCAGCGCCACGCUGCGCUGCGUGCGCGUGGAGGUCACUCUGGACUGGCACUCGCAGCACCUCGACUCGUCUCUCACCUCCCUCUGGACCCUCUCCCUCCUCACGCACCUCAACACCGAUCUCCACACCAAUCUCACCACCGAUUUCAACGCGCCCCUCUCCGCCCCUCCCCCUUCCAUGUCCUCCUCCGCUCCACUCACUCCCACCUCUCACCUCUUCCUACCACACCCACCUACCCUCGACCCUCCCUCUCCCAUGCCGCAUCUUGGCCUCGCAUCCCUCUCGCACCUCACCUCCCUCGCCCUCACCUCUCUCACCCACGUUCCCACAUCCCUCUCCCUUCUUUCCUCCCUCUCCCGCCUUGAGCUGCCCCGAGCCACAGAAGACCCUCACGGGGCCAUCCGUAUGCUGCCCCGUCUGACUCACCUGGACUGCAGUCUGCAGCAGCUGCACCACCUCUUGGACUUGGGUCCCUCGCCCUCCUGCCGCCCCUGCUCGUGUGGGAUUCGUGUGCGCUCACCACACCAUCCCACCCGCGGUCUCACCUCCCUGGUGCUGCGCGCAAACCCGCAACUCCCUACCACCCACGUGCACACCCACUCCUACCCCUCCCUGCUCCAUUUAGAGCUACACGACAUCACCGCCUGCCACUGGCGCUGGUGCAACAACAGUGCCGUACCACCCGCCUUCUCGCUCUUCCCGAACCUGCACACACUUAUCUGCAACCCCCCUCCCGAUGGCUCGUAUACAAACCACUCUGUGAACUUGGACCUUGCCCUCCUCCCCUCCCUCACCCGCAUCUCUGGGGCGUUUCGGCUGUGCCGUGGUGACCAAGUGCUCUAUCCGUCUCUCCAUGCCCUCAUGCUCAACCGUGGAAAGCUGGCCCCUUGUGUCUGGGAGCAACUGCUGCAGCUUAAAUCACUGUGCACGCUCAUUCUCUCGCACUCGUUUCUCCUUUUAGACUCACCAGGCGCGUAA